CUCACGUUCACCCCUCUCGCGCAGUCAGUGAGUCAGUAAGGCCGCCGAGUUGUUUUGGCCCGACUGAAAAUGGCCGCGAAAACAUGGUAAUUUUAUUAUAAACUGGAUGAGUUAAAAGUGCGGUCAAAUGAAGUGCGAACCGGGAAGCAAGGUUGAUUGUAGGACGAGCACGAUGAAGAUCAACACGAUGAAUAUGACCAGGAUGACCACGCCGAUCGAGGAGAAGUUGGAUCAGAAGAUGAAGGUACGCACAGGAAUGGUUGCCCUCAGCGAUGGGAAAAGUAAACCCAUUCCUGUGAGAUUACAUCUUUCCAUGGAGGUGUUACGUUUGCAAAAAGAAGAAAUAGUACCACCUGAUAGUAAACCCACCAAUAGUAAAGAAAGAAUGGUUCAAAUCACACGUCAGAAAGUAGGUGGUCUCGGCCUCAGCAUCAAAGGAGGCGCCGAGCAUAAACUCCCUAUUCUAAUCUCGCGUAUCUACAAGGACCAAGCCGCAGAUGCCACUGGUGAACUCUUCGUAGGUGACGCCAUCAUUAAAGUAAACGGGGAAUACAUCACCGCAUGUCCGCAUGAUGACGCUGUGAAUAUCCUACGCAAUGCUGGUGAUCUAGUUGUGCUCACAGUGAAACACUACAAAGCAGCUACCAGAUUCCUACAGAAACAAGAGGAGAAAGAAUUGGCUGCGUUGUUGGCUAGUACAGCUGGUAUGGCUGGUUCUGCUCCACAGGAAAGCAACAGUGAUGAAAGCCUGCGACUGGCAACCAACAGUACAGGAAGUAGACCUAGCUCACUGUACUCUGAAUCAGAGUCAGAGGCAGCUCCACCUACUACCAAAUGGACUGACCUGGUUACCUUACCAUUAAUGAUGGCCUAUGUUACAAGGUACAUUUUUGGAACGGAUAAACUACGACCCAAUGCGUUUGAGGUCCGUGGAUUGAAUGGUAUCUCUACUGGUAUUAUCCACUGUGAUGAUUCGGCCAUUUUGUCGCAAUGGUUGAAGUACAUUGGCGAUAAUAUCAUUGGAUUGACACAUCUGCAGAUGAAGUUGUACAAUCGCAAUUUUAGUGUUUCGGAUAGAAUAGAAUAUAUGGGAUGGGUCAAUGAAGGAGUGUUGAAUAAUAAUCAUCCUUGGCAGAACUACAAGCCACGAUUCUUUGCACUUAAGGGGACUGAUCUUAUGUUAUUUGAUACACCACCUUUGAACGUUGCUGACUGGGCAAAAUGCACGUUGAUGUUCAAAGUAUACCAAACCAUGUUUCGCGUGGUCAAGGAAUCCGAAAAUGUCGACGAACGUCAACAUUGCUUUUUGGUGCAGACUUCCGGUCAAGAUUCAAGGUAUUUCUCAGUGGAAACACGACAGGAACUUUUACGGAUUGAAAACGCCUGGCAUUGCGCCGUGUGCACUGCAGUGAUGAAACUUGGAAAUAAGACGUUUACGGUGAGUUACAAUGGAAAAACCGCUGGAUUGACUUUGGAUUGGAAUCAUGGAUUCUCCCUGCAUGAAACUGACGUGAAAACACCUCUCUGGCAGUUUAAAUUCUCCCAACUACGCGGGUCCUCUGACGAUGGUAAAUCAAAGUUGAAACUUCACUUUCAAGAUAUUGAUACACGCGCCAUUGAAACCAAGGAGUUGGAAUGUACGAUCCUCCAGAGUCUGCUCUUCUGCAUGCACGCUUUCCUCACAGCCAAGGUCGCAUCGGUGGAUCCCGGCUUUCUGUCCACAAUGCUCAACUGAGUGAGAAAUAUGCACCCAGAGGUCCUUAUCUAAAGGUUACGUGUACAACGCUGGUUAGUGACAUAACCACGCUUUGAAGCUUGUCAAGGUCAAUGUGACAUGCUUCCACACUCCAAUACAUAUGUCAAAUGCGUUUUAGGCAUUUGCGGUUCUACUACAAUUAAUCCUAAAACUUAAACAGAAAAAAAUGACAUUUAGGCUACCGUUUUAGACGACAACAACUAGUUUAGAACAAGAUUUGUACUUUUUGUGUACAUUGUGUACAUUUUCGAUUCUACUCGUGCUACUUUUCCCCCUCCAACAAAAACGAAAAAAGGCAAAAAAGCUAAAAAGACAUUUUGCACACCUCAUUCUUCUAAAAUCUAAAUUUCUUCAAAAUUAAUGUUUAAAUAUAAACGCAAUGUCAACGUUUUCAAGGAGACAUUUUAGGGGGAGAUGAAUCAACCCGAUGAACGAAAAAAAAUUGUUGAAUAUUUGUAAAUUGCUACGUUUAACCUUAAACAUAACCUUAAAUGAAACUAAACAUUAAGAUAUACACACACACUCUUGAGUAGAAACAAACACAAACAUAGAAUACGUUUAGUAAUCAUCUAUAAUCAUCAUAUUAUUUGAUGUAGAUGUUGAAUGUAUUCGUUUGCGACUGAACCAAAACGUGUAUUAGCUAGACAAAAACAAAACACAUAAACAUCACGGUUGUCAAUUAACUUAAACUGUCAAAAACUGUCAAAAAAUGAAAUUUUGACAGUUUGAGUUUUUUCAUAACCAAACUUUACUCGGUUGAUGUGAUUAGCCUUUAUUCGUACUGAUAACGUUCCUUAAACGACGAACACGGAUAAAUUAUUUACUGAUAAGAGUCAUUUCCUGUGAAUUUGCAAUGACGAUUGAGGUUGAGGUUAUUUUCUAAGCGAUCAAUUGUAGGAAACUGUAAUGGUAACGAAACGUCAUAUUCAUAUACACAGACCUUAGUCAAUACCAUGUUCAAUUAAACGAUGCGUACGUGUGUGUAAAAACUCAUCUGUAUUGAGCGGUUAGUGAUGUAAGGUUAUGUUAUCAUUCGCUAGUGAUAAACAAUAUGUCAAAUAUGGAAAUAUCACACGUGGUUUUUAUGCGAGCGGCGAAAAACGAUGGAAAAAAGUAUUAUGAAACAAAAAUUAUUUACAAUUGUUAAAGAUUACUGUUACUUCAUUUGAUAUUUGAGACUUUUGACAGUUGAGAGUUGAGGUUAUGAGUAUAGAAUAUUAUAUUUUGCGUCAUCAUCGAAUCAUGUCAUCUUGUUGUCAUGUGUUAAGUGCUUUCAUUUUGGCCUUGCGUUUAGGUUGGCAACGAAUGUCAUAUAAAUGCGUACGUCACACACCACACAUCUCACCGCCAUCUUGAAACAUGCGUGAAUGUGCGUUGUGUGUGUGAAUGUUACCGAAUAUAUUUAUUAUGUUGAAUUAUGAGAUAAUAUUGAAAUAUGUUUUACGAAAUAAAUGCGAAACAAAUGAA